AGGUACACCCUGACGUCGUCAUGUAAAUAAACUCUGUUGGCCUUGAAUCCUUCAGCAACCGCUUCAGCAAUGGACGUACCAGGCUUCGCACUUGUCACCGGCGCCGGAUCAGGGAUCGGCCUGGCAUGUGCCAUGGUUUACGCAAGAGAAGGUUCCGCAGGUGUCUGCUUGGCUGACAUCAGCCCCGAAGCUCUACAGAAGGCAUCCGAGCAGGUACAAUCUGUCGCUACCAACCCCGAAUUCAAAGCAAUCUCUGUGGUGGUCGAUGUCAGAAGCGAAGAAUCCGUCAACAAGAUGGUCAGCGAAACCAUCAAAGCAUUCGGAAGAUUAGACUACGCUGCCAACUGCGCCGGCGUCUCCUUCAAGCCUGGUCAUGGCCACGAAGGCGGUUGGUCGAUGACAAACUAUGAUUUCGUUACCGAUAUCAACUUUCGCGGGGUCUUUCUCAGCACGAAAGCCGAAAUCGCGGCCAUGAAAACACAGGAGCCUCGGGACAACCCGCGUCGACCUGACAAGAAACAACGAGGGUCCAUUGUGAACAUUGCGUCUAUGUCUGGCUUAGUGGGAUUGAAGAACUCUGCGGCGUACGCGGCGUCAAAACAUGCUGUUGUGGGGUUAUCGAAGAACGCAGCAAUUGAUCAUGCCGAGGAUCUCAUCCGCUGCAACGCGGUAUGCCCGGGGUAUAUCUAUACAGCGCUGACUCAGAAUGACACGAUCAGGGCAAAGGCGGAGAAGUUGAGUGCGGAUAAGCCUAUGGGAAGGCUGGGCGAGCCGGAGGAGAUCGGGGAUGCUGUUGUCUUUUUGAGUGGAGGCAGGGCUAGUUUUGUUACUGGAACUGCAUUUUCCGUGGAUGGCGGAUAUACCGCUGUUUAG